GUCGUCGUUGUCGUCGUUGUCGUCUCUCUGUUCCUUCGCUCUCUCCCUCUCUGUCUUCGUUGUCGUAUUCGUCGUUGGCUUACCUAAGUUUAUUGUUAGAGGGACCGUAUAGCGUACACUGUGCCGACGGAGUUUGCGGAUUUAGUGCGUCUCGCGUGCUGCUCCGGGUAUCACGUGCUCUGAUCUAUCUCUCGAUCAUUCCGUCGGGUGAGAUACGAGAGAUCCCGCCGACACAAUGGAGAUUUAUGCGCGGAAGUGUGUGCUGACGAAGUGCGAGUUUAGGUGAAUUUGUAAUAUUUGUGAAUAUUUUCGGUGUCAGUGCUCGUCGCUCAACACUCGCGAUCGUUGUUGAGUUUUUUUUUUUUUUUUGUUUUUUUGAUUGUCACGAGUGAAGAGUACGAAUACAUAUACUGUAUUUUGAUAAUAAAGUUUGAUAAAUAAAUUCCGAUAAGUUGUAAUGGAAAAAAUCGAUUAAAAACAAAAAAACACGUCGUGUGAAUUACCGUCAAACGAGUAACAUUUAAUGAUUCAUCACUAAAAGAACAUCACGGCCAGGAUAACUGAAUGUAACAUCGGAACAAAAAAAAACACCGAAUGAACUUUCGCGAAGUGAAACUGUCUCAAGUGUGAUUUCCUGUUCUGAUUCGCGGAAACUUCGGAUUCGUGUCCGCGACGUAUCUUCCACGCUAAAGUGGUGAUGCGAUAACAAAACCGCGCGCGCGUUCUGAAAAAGAAAAAACAAUUAUUCGCGCGCCGGGUAUAUGUCGUUUCGCCCGCACGCUGGCCGCGUGCGCGAUGCAACUUCUCCUCGGUGCGCGAUCCCCGAUGCGAUCGCGUCCUAUUAAUGAAUGCAGUUGGCAUCCGCGGCACGCGCGUUAAGAUCGUUACGAAAUCUCGCGUCACGUGUACGCGAGAACCGAAAGCCAGGCGGAAGGAAGGAAGGAAGGAAGGAAGCGAGCGAGCGAGCGUGCGAGCACGUGAGGCAUUAUUAAACUUCUCGCGCUCUAAUCCGGGUGUAACGCGCGCGGUUUACGUGGUCGGAACGAAAACUAUGCGGCACGAUGAAGGGGCCAAGAAGAAUCGGCGGUGGCCUACCGAGAGGGAAAAAGCUGGACUACUGCCAGAAGGCGCGUCAAGCUCGCGGAGCAUUGCUGGUGUACUUGAGCAUCUGCGUGUUGCUGCCCGGAGCUAUUUUCACCGCACCAGCAGCGUACGUGCGCGAAACAUCCAAGGACGGAUCCCAGCGGCGUGCAAACGAUGCCAAUAAUAAUUCGACGGAGGAUUUGCCCGUUUUCGAGCCGACAGCAGCAAACGUCAGCGCGUUCGUAGGGCAAACCGUGUAUCUGCCAUGCCGCGUGCGAAAUCUGGGCGACAAAGUAGUCUCGUGGAUGAGAAGCAGAGAUCUUCACGUGCUCACCACGGAACAUUUUGUCUUCAGCUCGGAUACGCGAUUCGAGCUCCAGCACACGAGAGGCAGCGACGCCUGGACUCUCCGGCUGAAUAACGCCAGAAAGACGGAUUCUGGCAAGUACGAGUGCCAGGUCAAUACCGACCCGAAGAUCAUGUAUGCGGUGCAGCUCUCCGUGCGAGAUCCGGAUAAACCGGAAGGUUACGACGAGCCGCAUUCACAGCAGACGCGUAUAAGUUAUGAGAGCACGGCGCCGGUAGCGGACAUAAUAGGUCCUCAGGAGCAAAGGGUGCCGUCGGGCUCAACGAUCACCCUGAGGUGCGUCAUAUCGUCGCCGUAUCAGAUCCGUCCCAUCAGGGGUGUACAAUGGCUUCGGGAUAACAAACUCCUAACAUUCCAGGCGCGCAGAGGAAUAACCGUGGAGACCGUGAGAGGUGCGGCGAAUACGGAGUCCAUGUUGAUCCUGGCGACGGUGACGCAAGACGACGUCGGAAACUACACGUGCAGACCGACGGAGGGUCGAUCUGACAGUGUCACCUUGAUCGUUGAAGAAGGAGAACGCACGGAAGCCAUGCAACGUGACGCCGGAUACGUCUCCUCCGGAAGUGGCGUCAGGCACUGGCCCGGACUUCUGCUUCCGUUUUCGUGGCUUCUAAUACUCGCGCGAAACCGCCAAACUUUCUUGCACUAGCGCACCACACCCAGACAGUAUUUCACGCUUACUUCUUGUCGUUUCCAACGCUGAAAUGUACCUAAAACGCGACCAAGCCGAUUUAGAUCGUAAGAUAAGAUUUUGUGUGUAGAGAAAACAUAUUUAUAUGUAUACAUACAUGAAUCGGCGCUACGCCACAGCCUCACGCGAUACACAGAACGAGAUAGCUGUUAAAUUCAUAAUGCGGGGAUUUUGCGAUUGCGCGAAAUAUCUGACAAACAUUCUGCGCGUGAAUUGCGUAAAGAUACGACACACACUUUCGGAUACAAAACAACAAUAUUUAUACGAUGCUUUGAUCCGAUAGGUCGGAGAGAAAAUAUCUUUUUAUCUUGGUUUUUAUAUACCGUACUGUAGAUUGUGUUAUAAGUUUUUGAGAUAAGAAAAGAGUUUAUAAGCUGCUGAGAAUUUUUUAAUUUUACGAUCGCGAAAGAAAAAAAUUAGAUUAGCAACUGUCACAACGCAAUUAGAUCGUGUAAUGCGACCGAGAAACUGAAUGGAAAAAAAAACUCUUGUGUAAAAAAUAUAUAAAUACGUUCAAAAGGGAACGGAAGAGGAGGUUUGGCAUCACAAUUCGAAAAAUCUCCCAACAGCUUUACUUUCUUGUUAGAGUACAAAAAGUUUCGCAUCUCACUCUUUCUCGGUUUCAUUAUCAAAAAGAUCACAAGUAGAAGUUUAAGGGAAUUUAACACAAAUGGUGAUGGAAUUGAAAAAAAAAAAAAAAAAAGAAAAAAACAAUAAUAAUAAUAAUAAAAUG